CAAAUUGUACUGCCAUCUACUCAAAACAAGUGAGAGAACGCUUUGAAAAAAUUUGUAAACGUUGCAUAUUAGGACGCAUGUAAACAUAUUACUUAUUUACAACUCUUGAAGUCUCUGCGUACUUUAAUCGUAAAGAAAUUGUAAUUAUACUCAUAGCAAGCACGAUAAAAUGAUUACAAGCAUUAUUUUGCAUCGCAGUAGAAAGCGCGCGAUACUUAAGUCUAACCCCUAAAUAGUUGAUGGAAGAUGUAAUCGCAAUUGUUGAGGUAGCAUGCGGUUUUUUUCGUUGAUUGAGAAAAAGAAAUAACAAUGUACAACUCAACGGGAACGCUUUCUCCGCAAGAUAUUUUGGCGGAGGUCAGAAAGUUCAUUUCUGGAGCGGUUAGGCCGCUUCAUAACACCAGCACCCUUGAUGUCACUCGGACAGCCUUAUCCUUACUUCGAAAUGUACCUGCGGCCAGAGAUGCGGUACUCGAGUACUUCUGUAACGUGUUUUUCGUUGCAGUGACCAAACACGUGCGUCAAAUCGAAACAAAUCAAAAUUUGGCAAUAUGCGAAGAGUCCAUUAUAGCAGAGAUACAUUCUGUUUUGAGUGGUUUCAUAAAUGGGAAUCCAGAGGCUUGGGCACCAAUCAUCUCGGCAUGGUCCUUAGAACUGCUAGGUAAACUGUCCUCUGACUAUGCAAAACGUGGCAACCUCCCCAGCAAUGCUGGGAUCAACGACUUCCUUCAACAAUGGAUGUCCUGCCGUGCCACUCGUACUCUCAUUGAUAUCACAGCCCAAUGCCUUCAGUGCCUGAUGCAUUCUGACACAGAAUCCUGUAUCAAAGCAUUGCUGGAUACCAGUGUCCUGCACAGUCCUCACUUUGAUUGGGUGGUUGCCCAUGUUGGUAGUUGUUUCCCCAAUACAGUGAUCACCAGAGUACUGUCCUGUGGUUUGAAAGACUUCUGUUCCAUGGGCUAUGAACACAGUGUAAAAAAUCCUAAGCUGAACUCAGUUGUGGGGAUCUUAGGGCACUUGGCUGGCAGCCAUUUUCAGGACAUUCGAACAGCGUUGUUGGAUUUAUUCAAAUGGAGUAUGGGCGAGGAAGUGGUCACGGAUGAGGACAUGAAAAAGCAGAAGCUAGCCACUGUCCCAUUUCUCUUAAACUUAGCAUCUUUAUCUCAGACUUUGCUUAAAGCGAUAACGAGCGACGUGUUGCAAACCCUGAAGCCGGAAAUAAUUCCGCGGCUGGCUUUAUUCGCUACCGACUGGUGCAAAUACUUUAAUAACCAACCAGAAGCUUUGAUAGACUUGACCGUGCAUUUGGUCUUAGGAUGCGAACAGGGUGCAUCGCAAAUCAUCAAUUUAUUAUUGAAUCUUGCUCUGAACACCACUAAAAUUGGUUACCACAGCGCGAACACGGCGCAGAGUAUCAAGAGCGUGUGCAGCGAGAUCCUAGAAUUGGUGAUGCAAGAAAUCGACCUUCUCUUGCGAACACACGGACCCCAAUCCGCGAACAUUGCUUUACUGAUCUCGAUCAAGCAAGAACUGCCAGUAAUAUUGCCGCUGCUGUUGAACGAAAGUCCUCUCCGAGUUCAAACAGCCGUUAGGUUGUUAUGUUUCCUCGGGAGUCAGAGUCCUAACAUACUGAUAUCGGCUGCAUCGUACAUGUUGGCUAAGUCAGUGACAAACUUUCACCUUGCAGCUCUAAUACGUCUCGUUUGCAACAAUGUCGUCCUCUUCCCCUCGAACAAGUCUGAAGCAGAAAACAUGUUAGCAAGUCAUGGUUAUUUCACCCAAGUAAUAGAGCAAGCACUCAGAGAAAUAAAUUACAAGAAUGUCCUUGAGAAACAGGAGAGGAGGCAACUCUUUCAAAAUCUCACUACAAUGUUGAAAUGGGAGAGGUCCAACAAGGCGACGAUCUUCAGGUCGAAAAUGAUUACAAACGCUAUUAAAUCCAAUUUACAUCAAAUCUCCUCUCUCUUGACGAAGACGUACGAUUUCGCAUUGGCUAACGAUAUCGUAAAAAUGUUGGAUCUGUUUAGUGCGCCCGAAGAAAAUAAUUUCCUGCCAAACGUAGAGCUCACGCUGAAGCUGACCAGAGCUGUGAUUCAGUACUUCUUCUUGUGUGUGGCCGAAGAAGACAUAACGAACAAACAGAAGGGUAUGAAAAUGGUUUGUCAUCUGCUGAAGAACUUUACCUGUUACUCACCUUGUGCCCGAGUCUUGGCACUUAGGGAGAUCCUGGGACAUACUAUCAAUGGUGAUCCCGCGAAAUAUUUUGGCGCCAAAGAAAAGUUUGAACCGAGAUUCGAAGAAAUGUUGCUUCUACAUCAAAAUCACAAACAGGUUACUAGCACUAUGCUAGCACAGAAACACUCUUCGGUGUUCCACGCUGGAGUGAUCGGUCACGGGCCUAGGAAGCCACCACCUGAAAACACAAUUGAUAAAGAAAUUAUAGCUCUGAAUAAAAUGCUGCUGAUGGACGUGAUCAAGGUACCAGGUUUGAAAAUGCAAUGGUUGAACGGCAGGGUUGGCACCAAGGACUCGGAACGGUAUCCUGUGAAUCUUGACGCCUUGACCAUGGUCAGUCUACUGUUGGUAGAAUUAGUAUCGCCUGACGUGAUGUACAAUGGACUACCGUGGCCUGAUGAAGAAUUUACAAAAGUGACUAUAGAGAGGGAUUUGCAAAUCCGGAGGACGUUCAGGGAUGUGCCACUAUUGUGGACGCUGUUAAAGCUGACAGCUUGGUAUAGACCAGCUCUGGCAUACUGUUCAGUUUUAUUAAGAGGUAUUGCUGCAACCGUAAUGGCUAAUUGGAAUACUAGUGAAGGUGUUUCGCUGGUCAGUGUUAUGGCGCUAGGUCAAUUGCUACCCCCGCCAUUGGCUAGCAUAAGGGAUAUUCUACCUGUUUUAGAACCACAUCAGAUAAAUACGAUCAUGAAGGAGUGCGUGUGGGCUUACAUGCGCGAGAACGUCCCAUCCCCAGCGUUGUUCACUCGCAGCGAGGGAGCAAACAUUGCUUGGAGAGACACAGAUACGUCCAUGCCCAAUAUUCGGUUCACGGAGACGCUUCGUUUAGUUUUAUUGGCCAAUAUUCACACGAUGGGUCCGCUCUACGCCACUCUGUUUUACAGUGACAAUAAAUAACGGAACAAUCCAGACGCGCACCGUUUUGUACAUACAACAAUGUGAAUAGAUUUAUCAAAAACUAUUUGUAUCAUAUAACAGAAGCGUUUCAUUCUAAAUCCCACGACGAAAUGAGAUAUUUAAUGUCACCCAUGUAGCAUUCCAUUAAAAAAUUCAAGGCCAUUUUCAUUUUUCAAAAAAUGUUGCAAGCACGAGAAAUUGACAUAUGUCAUUAUAUUGUUUAUAAAAUACAAUACCAUUUUGUCCAAAAA